UCCGUGGUGUUUCGGCAUUUUCACCAUGCUCGGGUACUUUCAAACGUUAUUUCUCCUUUAAUACCACAACAAGAAGGGCCAAUCAGCUAUCCAUAAGACGCUAGACGUAUAGGAGGAAAAUCCAACAGGUGUUUUUGCUGAGGGACUACAGGUGACACGUAGAAAAUGCAGCUGCUGCUGGUGUUUUUGGCGGUGCUGCAGAUGUACAUUCUGCCGCGUGGUGGCGCUACUGCCGGGUCGGUUGAAAAAGAGGCCUGUCCAGGCGGAAACUGCGAGUCAAGUUACAGCUUCAACAACGAUGACGUCCUCAUCCGUAAGCAGCGGUACGCCCGGGGCCCGGGCGGGGGCCGGACGGACUCGGACCGGCAGGACGACUCGGACGGAGUGCAGAUAGAGACGGUGGAGUGGGAUGAAGAUGAUAUUGAUAGACCUCACUAUCACGGACAGUCAGAAAUUUACAAAGCAGUCCUGUUACAAACCGACCCGGAGGACGACCAACCCGCCCAGAAGCCCCCUCUAGCGGAAAAUGAUAUACCUCCAGAUCAAGAUCUGGACGAUUUCAAGGCCCGAAGUGCCCCCAUGGCAGAGGACAAGGCAGACGGUUCAACUGACACCGUCAUAGACAAAGACAGGGAUGAGAAAGAUGAAACACUCACAUCUGAAGCUUCAGAAGACAAGGGAUCGUCAAAAAACAAAAAUGUGGAAUCAAAGAAAAAGAGGAGAAAAUCAGGGAAAAGAGAUCAUGAUGACUUCAGUGAUCUUCACUUCCACAGGAUGUCCAGCCUGUACCAGACUGUCAUGACAAAAGGGGAGUUGGAGGAGGAAGAAGAAACCAAAGGGUCAGAGGUUACAGGUCAAAGCAAUGGAGAAGGGCAAGAUGAUGACCUUGACCUUGACGAGAGCAAAAAUGGUGAUGAAAAGGGUGAUGACAGUGGACUCGAAGAGCCAGAGGAUCUUUCUGACACCACUGCCAAUCAAGACAAUGACUUAAAUGUCGACAAAGAAUCAUUUAAUGUGUCGGAAGACAAGGGAUCGCCCCAAAACCUGGAUGUGGAACCAAAGAAAAAGAGGAAGAAGAGAAACGCAGGGAAAAGAGACCACGAUGACUACACCGGUCUCCACUUCCACAGGAUGUCCAGCCUGUACCAGACUGUUAUGACAAAGGGGGAAUUGGAAGAGGAAGAAGAGGUCAAUGGGUCAAAGGUUACAGGUCAGACCAAUGAUGAAGGUCAAGGUGAUAUCGACAAGGAAAGCGGAAGUGAUAAACAUGAGUGUUCUGAAAACUGCAACUGCCCAUCUUGUCAGAAAGGACAGCAAGAAACAGAAGAAUCUUCAGAAGAUGAAGAUAAUGAGGAUGGGGGAGGAGUCAAGAGCAGUGAGGAGGAUGGGGGAGGAGUCAAGAGCAGUGAGGAGGAUGGGGGAGGAGCUACAAGUGAGGAGGAUGGGGGAGGAGCUACAAGUGAGGAGGAUGGAGGGAGAGCUACAAACAGUGAGGAGGAUGAAGUAUACGAGGACACUGACCAAAGACCUGUAGAGAAGCUAAAUGAAGAAGAAACCCAGGACAAAGAAAGAGAAUCAGCUGAGGAGGAUACACCAAUAAACGUGAAAGACUACAUUUCCAGGAUGUUAGUAAAGUAUCGGGACGAGCGAUUGGUUCACACUCACACGGAUGACCCCUGAGACACAGUCUCACCACGGCUCAGUAACAUUACAUAUCAUACAAACUGGCUAUAAUUUAGUAAAAAGAGGAGAUAUAGUAUUCAAACAAGACUGUAUUUUGAUGACUAGAGAAUUACUACUAAAACUGUAUUUUUCUUGAUGUUUUCAAAAUCAUAUCCAGUUGCUUGAGUAACUGCUUUUUAGUGUAUUUUUCUUGAUUUUUCUAAACUGUUCUGUCAAACGCUUUGUGACCUCCAAGUUCACCCCAUUUCCUGUAUCUGGCCCUCUGAACUGUCAUUCUGCCAGUCAAUCUUCCCCACUCACAUGCUAUCAACCUACUCUGUCUCAACAGACACACAAACCCAAAGCUCAGCCACCCAAAAUAAUACUUAAAUCCUGGAAGUAAAAAAACAGUAGAAGCAAAUUCAUCAAUAAAAUACUAAGGAAUACUCUUGUACUACAGAAAAAAAAAACCUAUUCACAUUUAAAACAGAGUAACUGACAAAACUGACAAAUUUUCUUUUCUUUGUAAAUAGCAAAUUUUAUGCCAGAGAAUGCAAUAACUAAAUUAAAAGUAUGAUAUACAAAGUAUUUUGUUCUUGUACAUAAAAAAAAUUAUCAGCAUAUAAAGAAACAACUAAAACAUUAUGUGUCAUUUGUGUUAUGUUGCACUUCAGACAAUUCAACCUUAAACAUGCUCUGACCAACAUAAAACACCACAUUUCUACAUGUACUUACAUGUAGUCAAAGUACUUCUGUCU